ACUGGCGGUGCAGUCGAACACAGACGUUCGUGUUUUGUGUGUUUACGUGAAUUUUGCGUGAACAAAAUCAGUGAAAUUAUAAACUAACAAAGCUUACGUGAACUGUUCAAGUGUUAUUAAUAUAAAACAAUUGGAUUAGAACGAACUGCGUUGUAAUUUUUUGAAAAGGACCACAAGGAAGAGAGCAUGGGUCUCCCGCACAUCACGUCGUUCUGCUGGUGCAUGGGCCUGGAGAGCGGCGCCAGAGUCGUCGGCGUCAUGCAUUUGAUCGCCUCAGGCUGCCUCUUAAUUGUGACCUCACUAAUGGCGCACGACGCUGGCUCCUACGUGGGCACCAUCGAGGACGAGGGAGACCACAUCUACUCAAUCUGGUACCGGAUCGCUAUAGGCGCGGCCGUGCUGACCACGGUGCACGUGCUACUGGCGUUGGCCUUGUUAUACGCUGUAUAUAAGCGUCACAUGACGGUCCUCCGCGCGUACGUGUACAUCAUGUGUAUACUGUACGUGUGUGCCCUGCUUUACAUCAUCAUAACGGCGGCGAUGCGCGGCCUGAGCGGCUCGGGCUCCGACGUGUUCCUCGCCUUUUUGGAGGCUGUGCUGGUCUUUGGUUUCCUGGCGUACUGCAUCCUGUGCGUCCACAGCUACUACCUGAUGCUGCGCAGUGCGGAAGACAUGGAAGGACCUAACAAGGUUUAUUAGAUCGCACACAUGUGAAGGUACACACACAGACAAGACAUCCUCCUUACUGAGCAUAGUAGCGCUACCCCCUCUGCCACAAAUAUACGGUAAUUUUACUCCAUUUUCGAGUCAAAGUGUCUUUGUGUGACGCCCGUAUCUUUGAAUGGACCAAUCACGGCACGGGACUCGCUCACCUCGUCCCCCGCACCCCUGUAUUUUUGGCAGCAUCGGUUUCAUGAAAUAAUUGCUCUAAACUCCGUCUAGAUGAUUCCUAGUUUAUGCCUAUACACAACUUGGUGGCGGGGCGUACAUAUAACUUCCCAUCGAUUUGCAUUGCAACGCUGAGCAUUUUCCUUAUAUACUUACGAAAUCCUUUCGCCUUGUAUGGCGGCUACCUCAAUCGAAUGAGUAAAGUUUGAUAAUAUGUAUAGCUCGAAAUGUACGGACAAUUUGUUACACGAAUAAUUAAAUAUAACCAGACCAGAUAUCGCUUUCUCAAAGUAUUAGAAAAAUGGCAUUUCAUAAGCAACAUCGUGAAAUAUCCCUUUUACAGAAUAAUUUUGUCAUAUUUUCUUAGCUAUUUUUUAUAGCCCUCAUAGAUGUAAGGGCCAGUCACUCGUGUUAAUAAUAAAUUACAUUCGGUAGACCUAUAUAGCCGGAGCAGUGCUUCAAUAGAGGUUUACUUCUGAAAGGUAUAUUUGUGAGGAAGUUAUCCCAUCUAGAUUGGUCUCAUCUUGAGCCAAUUUGUAACUUUUUUGAAAAUAAGAUACAUGAUUAAGUAACUACUGAUAGUAAAAAAGGAUAAACGCUUAUGAUCGAUGCGUCAGUAAAAUUAUUUACUUAAUUUUAUUGACAGCUAUUUCGAGGAGUAGUUAUUUUUCGAAGCAAAUAAUUACGAUUAUAUGUAUAAAGUGUUUCUCUGAUGGGAUCACACUAAAUAUGGGAAUUAUAUUAGUUAGUAAGAAAAAUAAAAUGAUAUAAUAUAAUGAUAAUAAACAAUAAGCACUGAAUGCGUGUUUGAAAGACUGGAUGCAAGAUAACACUUAAUAAAUAAUUGCUUUUAUUAAUAUUGUACUUAGUUUAAGUCUUAAUAAAUAUAUGGAUAGUGCCCAUAGCAUUAAAUAAG